ACUUAUCUGGUGGAUGAAACUUAUGUACUAUUUAACCAGAGAGUUUUUGGCUUAUCUUCUUUAUCAGUUGAUCAAGCAUUCUUAAUAAUUGUGAAAAAUUUUAUUGUAUCAGCCUGCAAUAUGCAGCAAAAAGCUUGCAUUCUUCUAAUCUUAUGGCUUCCAUUUAGCUUUUCCAUAUCAAAACAGACCAUCAACAACAGCACAAUCGCGCUACCCGACUGCCCCACCAAGUGUGGGAAUGUUUCCGUUCCAUACCCAUUUGGUAUUGGUUUAGAUGCUGGAUGUUCCAUAGGCCCUUGGUAUGACAUCAACUGUUCUAAAUCUUUUAACCCUCCAAAACCCUUCCUCAGCAGAACUAAUGGAGAGAUUAUGGACAUAUCAGAAACCAAAAUCCGUGUCAAAAGCAAUGGGAUAGCUUACAGAUGCUACAAUCAGACUGGUGGUAUAACUCGUGAAUUUCCAACCGUAUAUGGUAUAGAUGACACCUCGCCUUUCAGUUUUUCAAACGAAAACAAGUUCAUAGUUGUGGGAUGUGAUGAUGUUUCCUAUAUGGCAAAAGUGGCAACUGAUAAUCAGUUCAUGUGCUGCCAUAUGUUCAAAGAGCAGUGACUUGAGUGAUGGAUCUUGUUCUGGAAUUGGCUGUUGCCAAAACUCCAUUCCCAAGGGCCUAAAGAAUUACAUUAAUUUCCUGAACAGCUAUGGAAAUCACACGAAGGUCUCGUCCUUCAACCGCUGUGGCUAUUCCUUUCUUGGAGAACAGGGUAGAUAUAGGUUUCACCCAUCUGAUGUCUCUGAUUCCAAUUUUGAACACAGAAUUGUAGAAACUGUUCCGAUGGUAUUUGACUGGGUGAUUGGGAAUCAAACAUGUGUUGAAGCUCAGAAAUCCAAUCUAUUUGCUUGUCAGGAAAAUAGCAUCUGUGUUGAUUCUGAUACUGGUCUUGGAGGAUAUCACUGCAACUGCUCCAAGGGAUACAAGGGAAAUCCAUAUCUCAGACCAGGUUGCCAAGGUUAGUUAAUGUCUGUUUGAACACUCUGAGCAUAUUUAGUACAUAUUAUUGGACAUUACUCCACGAUGGACAAAAAAUUUUACUUCUUUUUUUGGUUCGUAUUGUCAAUUAGUGUUAAAUCUAGCUUACCAAAGAAGCUGUCUAUAGACAAACAAAAAAUGAAUUAUCGAAGAGCAAUAAGAACAAUUUUAAUUUCCUUUGGCUCA